AUGGACUUGGCAGGCGUGCUGCUGGCGCUGCUCCUCGUGCUGGUGCUGGUUGUCUCUCUGCUCUCCAACCUCCUGGUGCUGCUAUGCUUCGUCUACAGUACGGAGAUCCGCAAGCAGGUCGCCGGGGUUUUCCUGGUGAACUUAUCCUUCUGCAACCUGCUUCUCACCGUUCUGAACAUGCCUUUUACCCUGCUGGGCAUCCUGAGGAACCAGCAGCCCCUCGGGGGCUGCGUCUGCAAGGCGGUGGGUUUCCUGGAAACUUUCCUGACUUCCAACACAAUGCUGAGUAUGGCAGCGCUCAGCAUCGACAAAUGGAUUGCCGUGGUGUUCCCCCUAAGCUACACCAGCAAGAUGCGGUAUAAGGACGCUGUGAUACUGAUGGGCUACUCGUGGCUCCACUCCCUCACGUUCCCCUUGGUAUCCUUAUUUUACUCAUGGGUAGAUUACAACAGCGUUUAUGCCUCUUGCACCUUACACCUGAAGGAAGAGACGGAGAGGAGAAGGUUUACAGUGUUCACCAUUGUCUUUCACUCCACCAGUUUCAUGCUGUCUCUGGUGAUCUUGUGUUUCACCUACUUAAAGGUGUUGAAAGUUGCCCGGUUCCACUGCAAGCGGAUAGACAUUAUUACCAUGCAGACUCUGGUUUUGCUGGUGGAUAUCCACCCCAGUGUGAAGCAGCGCUGUCUGAACGAGCAGAAAAGGAGGAGGCAGCGGGCUACCAAGAAAAUCAGUAUUUUUAUAGGGUCGUUCGUGAUCUGUUUUGGUCCUUACAUUAUCACCAGGUUGAUAGAGCUCAUUCCUUUUGUUACCAUAAAUUACUACUGGGGAAUUAUAAGCAAGUGCCUCACCUACAGUAAGGCUGCAUCAGAUCCAUUCGUUUACUCACUUUUACGUCAACAGUACAAAAAAGUUCUGAUCAACAUCGUCAACAGGAUACUUAAGAGGGACCUGUAUCCAUCAUCGGGGUACAACAGUUCUCUCGACACUGAAAACGACUACUGCUUGCACAGAACAAACUGA